AUGGCGGGGAGGCAGCGGGGAAGGAAACCAAGGCAGUGGGACGGACGGUGGCAGUCUCGUAGGCGGGCUGCAGCCGCGCUCAUCGUCGCCAUGGACGGCGGCGGCUACAGCCCGCGGUUCCAGCGCCAGGCCUCCUGCUCCUGCGCCCCCUCCAUCUCGCGGCGGGGGUUCGUCCGCGCGGGCUUCGACCUCGACGGCGACGAUGACUACUACGAUGACGACGUCGCCUUCCACUCCUCGUCAUCCUCCUCCUCCAAGGUCAGCGGUCCGAGGGCGCCCUACUACUCCUCGGGGCCCCGCGGCCGUCCGCGCGGGCGAGGCUGA